GUUUUUUUUUUUUUUUUUUUUUUUUAAUUCAACAUUCUUACAGUUAUUGAUAUAACAAAAAUUAUGUCAAAUAAUUAAAACUUCUGAUUUUAUUGUGUGUGUUGUGCCACCCGCCACUGUGCUCUGCCCCGUUCGGUUUCCGUCUCCUCCUCCUGAAAUUCAGAAUCUUUCGAUCUGACCGAUCGGUGUGACAUGCGGCGCUGCUGUGCCUUGCUCCAACCCAAUCCCCCCCAAAAGAAAAAUGUUUAAUUUUAGCCACUGCGCCAGCAUAAAUCCAAAAAUUUGUCUCCUUUUGGCUCUGUUCUUUUGUCGAAAAAAGAAAUAAAAAAUCGAAAAGCCCAUGUCGGUCCGCUUUGUGUGAUUGCACACUUUGUUGUUGUUGUUUGUUGGGACCCAGCUUAGUUAAGUUUUUACCAUUUUAUAUGCCAAUUAAUAUUUAAAUGACUAAACUCUACCAUUUUAUUAUCAUUGUUAUUGUUAUUAUGUAAACGAAACCAAACCAAAACCAGACAAAAAUCAAAAAACACUUUUAAAAAGAAAAAAAAAAAUUAAAGAGUAAAUCCUGACCUACGACUAUUGACGAUUCCUCCUCGCUCGUGGCAAAUCGCACGAUUGCCGAUAACCAAAUAGCCUCGAUAACGCGACAAUCGAACUGAUUUGUAGAGUCUAGGCUUGUGUGUGUCUCCGUGGCUGUGAUGUGGUGGUGUGCUCGUGUCCAGGACACGCACACCCACCAUACACACGUCCGCACCCGCCCGCACAUACACACUCACACACACACUCUCCCUCACUGGUGGCGCGAAAGCGAAAGCAAGAGAGAAAGUGAAUGAGAGAGAGAAAGAGAUUAAGAGGGAACCGCACGAAAGAUCCGCAGCAGAGUCGCCAUCAGCGUCAGGAGCGCGACAGGGAUCGCGAUAGGGAGCGGGACUGGCACAGGAACAAGGAUCGCGAGCGUGACAGGGAGAGGGAGCGGGAGAAGCGCGAUCUAGAACGCGGCAGGGACAAGGAGCGUGACAGGGAUCACAGCAAGAACGAGCAUCGUCAUCAUCGUACCAAAGACAGCCAUGGUCACCGGGAGCGCGAGAGAGAGCGUGAGCGGGACAAGGACAGGGAGAGAGACCGGGAUCGGGAUCAGCGGGUUCGCGACAAAGAUCGCCGGCGAUCGGAGAAGAGCAGUCGCCAUCACAGCGGCAAGGAUCAGCGCCACCACCACCACAACUCCUCAUCUUCCUCCGCUUCAGUCACAGCCGCAAGCGCUGCUACUCAGCGCCGCUCCUACGAUGAUCGCGGCGGUCGCCGGCGCCGUGAUUCCCGCUCACGUUCCCGCUCUCGAUCACGCACGCCCACGGGAACGCCGCCCUCUCGUCGCCGCCAGCAGGCGCAGCAGCAUCAGCAAUCGCGCAAAUAUCGCGAACGCGACUCUAGCAGCCGCUCCCGAUCUCCCAAGGAAGAGCAAUCCCAGGCGCUCCGCGGAGGAGCUAUAUCCGGAGCUCAUCAUCUGCUGAACAAAUCCGGCGGCGGCGGUGGAUCUUCAGCAGCUGCCUCCGUGGCAGCAGCGGCUGCUCUGGCAGCCGCUAAUGCAGCAGCCGCAGCUAUGGCUUCCGGAGGAGGCAACGCCAGCGGCAGCGGUCUUCUGCCCACGCCCAACUACGCACCCAAGAUACCCUCGCUGAUGUCCCUGGAGCUGGCCACCCCAGCAGUAGCAACUCCUGCGGCGGAACCUAUCCAACUGCCCAGCUACUACAAUCCGGGCAUUAUCAAUGCCAAUCGCUAUGCGGAGCAGCAGCACAAGCGCAAGCUUCUUUGGGGCUCCAAGAAGAGCGAGGACUCGGCGAACAAGUGGGGCAACGCCCACUUUUCCCAGGACUCUGACGGCAAGGUGGCCUCAAAGUUUAUGCGCCUGAUGGGCAUCAAGAAUGCCGGCUCAUCCGGUGAUGGGGAUCCUAACAGCAGCAGUGGCGGAGUUAGUGAGCCGGCGGAGGCCAGCAAUGGCAAUGCAGGCAGCGAAGCAAGCGCAGUUUCUGCCGGAGCAGCUCAUGCUGGCGGAGCAGCCGGUGUGGGCGUACCGGCGGAUGUCCAGCUGCGCCAGCGCAUGUUCUCCAACAUGGAGCAGCAGUACGAGAUGGCACGAGCGGCCACUCACACAAUGCGCGGCGUGGGUCUCGGUUUCGGCUCCCAGCCACGCUCUUUCUAGACGGGAUUGUCGGAGGCUGAGAAAGAGAGAAGGAGGAGGAGGAGGAGGAGGAGAAGCUCCCAACCAGGCUGUAAAUACCAUGCCAAUCACUCAACUCAUUAGUCAUGUCGAGCUGUUUCCCCCAAUCCCUCUUGGUUUGUGUUAAGCCAAUGUUUUUUUUUUGAUUUCGAAAUAAACGUUGCAACAAAAGAAAA